CCUCUUCCCCCCAGUCUCAUUAUCAUAAUUAACAGUGCUUGGCAGGGGUGAUGGGCUGCACUGACCGUGCCACUCCCACGGCCCUCAGAGUCCAGACCCCAGCUAGCUCACGUACAUGGACUCACGCUGUCUCUGGCCUCUGUGACUGGGCAUGAUGUCCUCGAGGAUCGCCAGGUCACACCGAGCAUUGGUAUCUCCUCUGCAUCAAGACUGACUCGGACAUUGUGUGGAUGCCACGUCUUGUCAACCUACUCAUCUGUCAGUGGACGUCCCCACUGUCCCCAGACCAACUAAACCAUCUCUUCGUGCGGACCCAUGUACCUGUACUGUUUUCACGUCUCUGGUGAUUUCAAAGGACAGCUGAGUUCAAGCACCCUCCAUCUAUACCAGGGAGUCUCCGGUUUGCGUGUGCAGAAAAUUCAACCUUGUGGAGAGUCCAGAGGCCUGUUGUAAGGCUGUGUCCUGUCCCUGGACUUCCUCCUCUGGGCUCCCCAGGGACUCUGACCUGCCAUCCUGGGAGAGACUUUCCUUGCUUGUCUGUCCCUUGUUGAAGUGGAAGCACACCAGGGCUGGGGAACAGAUGCACCCAGGUCCCUGAGCCUCUGAGAUCUUGAGUCCACGCCAGACCCAGCAGGUCCCCGAGCCCAUCCUGCAGGCUCACCAGGCUCCCAGACACACGGCAGCUUCUACCUUUCCUGAACUGGAACCCUUACCCUUGAGCUGGAGCACAGUCCCUACUGAUGUAGUGCGUGAUAUGAAUAACCAUCUCGUUUGAUUCACGUGCUAGGAGGUGCGGAUUUCAUGUGAGCUUGAGAAUCUGCCUCCUGAGAACCCAGAUUCUGGAAUCGCAGCCCGGAGCAUGUGCCAGGAGGCACGAUCCCGAUGCAGGUUGCCACCAGAGACCCACAGUCUCUCGUCUCGUCUCCGUGAAGAAUGCAGGUGUGUCUACUGUAAACUCAAGGACACUGGCUCCAAGGCCCACCUGAACCCAGAAGAAAUUCACCGAGGAAGGAAGAGGCAGUUCUGCUGUCAGGACUCCGUGAGAUCAUCCCUGCGAGAGAGAACCGCAAGCUACGUGGGUGGAGAGGCAAGGGAAGAACUUCCGGCUUUAAUCAUCCUGUGCCUCUGCAGCACACAUCCUUCCCAACGCUUGCUGCACUGACGGCAACAUCGCCGACAGCAGACAAGGAAACCCGUGGCUGCACAAGCUUCCUCGGCAGACCUUGAAUGAGUGAUUGCAUGAACGAGUGAAUGAGAAACGGACUUGUUGUAAAGGUCAGGUAUUUCUGAGGUGCUUAGAACAGUGCUCACCACCCUGCACCGCAGUGCAAGUCGGAGAGAAGAGCACCAUCUACAUGGACAUGAUCAUGGGAGGCCACCUGGACCUUCUGUUGGGGGUAAUGCUCGUGGUCAGCCCUGUGCAAACAAUUCCUUCCUGCACCUCUGAUGGCCAGAGGGCCUUGUAUCGAUCCUGCAACCUAACCCAGGUGCCGCCGGUCCCCAGCACCACCCAGAUCCUCCUGCUUAGCUUCAACUAUAUCCGGAAUGUGACAACCACGUCCUUCCCCUUCCUGGAGCAGCUGCAGCUGCUGGAGCUCGGGGCUCAGUUUACCCCCUUUACCAUUGGCAGAGAGGCCUUCAGAAACCUGCCCAACCUCAGGGUCUUGGACCUGGGCAAGAGUCAGGUGGAUUUCCUGGAUCCCGAUGCUUUCCAGGGGCUGCCCCGCCUGCAGGAACUUAGACUCUUCUAUUGUGGUCUGUCCGAUAAGACAUUAAAAGAUGGUUAUUUCAGAAAUUUGGAGUCUUUGUCUCGCCUGGACCUGUCCAAAAAUCAGAUUCAAAGCCUUAACCUUCACCCUUCAUUCUGGGAAUUAAAUUCCCUGAAGUCCAUUGAUUUUUCCCUCAACCAGAUACCCGUCGUGUGUGAACACGAGCUUCAGCCGCUGCAAGGGAAAACGCUCUCUCUGUUAAACCUCGCCGCCAAUCAGCUGUACAGCAGGGGCUCCAUGGACUGGGGCGCGUGCAUGAACCCCUUCAAAAACAUGGUCUUGGAGACCCUGGAUGUUUCUGGCAAUGGCUGGACUGCAGACAUCACAGGCAACUUCAGCAGGGCUGUCAGCGGGAGCCAGAUCUCCUCCCUGGUGCUGGCCCACCAUAUUAUGGGGCCCGGGUUUGGCUUCCGGAACAUCAGGGACCCCAACCGGGACACGUUCGCAGGCCUGGCCAGAAGCACGCUGCUGUGGCUGGACCUGUCCUAUGGCUUCAUCUUCUCCCUGAACUUCCGAGUCUUUGAGGCCCUUAAGGACUUGAAGCUUCUGCAGCUGGCCUACAACAAGAUCAGCAGGAUUGCAGAAGAAGCGUUUUAUGGCCUCGACAGCCUCCAGGUUCUCAAUAUGUCCUACAACCUCCUGGGGGAGCUUUAUGAUUCUGAUUUCUCUGGACUCCGUCAGGUAGCCUAUAUUGAUCUCCAAAACAAUCAUAUUGGGAUCAUUCAGAGCCAGACCUUCAGGUUCCUGAAAACGUUACAGACCUUGGAUCUGCGGGACAAUGCUCUUAAAACAAUCUCUUUCCUGCCAAGCCUAGACACCAUCUUCUUGGGUAGCAAUAAGCUGGCGGCCUUGCCGGACAUGGAGCUUAAAGCCAGCUUCAUCCACUUGUCAGAAAACAGGCUGGAGGAUCUGGACGAUCUCUAUUUCCUCCUACAGGUCCCCGGCCUCCAGGUCCUCAUUCUGAAUCAAAACCGCUUUUCCUCUUGCGGCCGUGCUCGUGGCCCGGCAGGGAGCCUCAGCCUGGAAACGCUUUUCCUUGGAAGAAACAUGUUGCAGCUGGCCUGGGAAACCGGCUUCUGCUGGGAUGUGUUCAAGGGACUUUCACGGCUCCGGGUCCUGUAUCUGAACAAUAACUACCUGACCUUCCUCCCACCGGGGGCCCUUGGCGAUCUGAGUGCGCUGAGGGGUCUCGACCUCAGCUCCAACAGGCUGAUGGCGCUUGCUCCUGGCGACCUGCCUGCCAACCUGGAGGUGCUGGACGUGUCCAGAAACCAGCUCCUGUCCCUGGACCCCAACCUGCUGGCGUCCCUCACCGCCGUGGACAUAACACACAACAAGUUCAUCUGUGAGUGUGACCUCCGUUCUCUCGUUGUUUGGCUCAACCAGACCAACGUCACCGUGCUUGGGUCUGGGGCAGACAUCUCCUGCAUGUACCCCAACGCACUCGCAGGGACCCCCCUCUCCUCUGUCUCCAUGGAGGACUGUGAUGAAGAGGAGGUCUUGGAGGCCCUACGGUUGUCUCUUUUCGUCUCCUCCAUGGUGACCCUGACUCUGUUCCUCAUGACAGUCUUCGUGUCUACCAAGCUCCGGGGCCUUUGCUUCGUCUGCUACAGGGCGGCCUGCGGACUGCUGCCCACGGUCCAGGCCGAGCGCCACGAGUCCGAGCCGUACAGAUACGAUGCAUACCUCUGCUUCAGCGGCAGAGACUUUGCGUGGGUGCAGCGGGCUCUGCUCAGACACCUGGAUGCUCAGUAUAGUGCCCAGAACAGAUUCAACCUGUGCUUUGAAGAAAGAGACUUUGUCCCGGGGCGGGAGCACAUCGCCAACAUCCAGGAUGCCGUGUGGGGCAGCAGGAAGGUGGUCUGCCUCGUGAGCCGACACUUCCUCCGGGACGGGUGGUGCCUGGAAGCCUUUGCCUACGCCCAGAGCAGGUGUGUGUCUGAUGCGGACGGUGCCCUCAUCCUGGUGAUCGUCGGGUCCCUGUCCCAGUACCAGCUGAUGAAGCACCGGGGCAUUGCAGGGUUUGUGCGGAAACGGCACUACCUGAGGUGGCCCGAGGACCUCCAGGACGUGGGCUGGUUCCUUCACACACUCUCCCAGCACAUUCUGAAGAGAGAGAAGAACACCAUCAGGGAUGGGAGCAUCCAGCUGCAGGCUGUGGUGACCGUCUCCUAGCCAAGGAGCAUUUCCCCCUAAUCUCACACCACGGAUAACUCUUACUGUUUUGGGGUCCUGUUUUGGAGGGUUUUUUUUUUUUUUUUUUCUAUUAGGAAAACAACAUAGCUCUGAAUUCUCAUAGCCACAUGAUUCCUGGUCUCACUGACCCGGAAAUGGAAAGGAAUCCUGUUCUCUCCAGACUCACCGAACAGGACACACCUUCGUCAUGGGAAGGGCACGAGGAGAGGCAUCCCAGGUGGCUGAGAGCCUUUCUCUGGUGCUUGCUCAGUUGGCAAGGGGUGCUCUGUGCUCUGCACAACAACACUGAGGAGGAAGAAUGGAAAAGAGGGUGUGUCUCCUGCUUUCACCGCAGGGACAAUGCCCCUGCUGGGUGCCGGUCCUGCUCUGUCUGAGAUAAGGACUGGCCCACAGAAGCUGGCUGGAGAGGACCUGGAUCUUGUCGAGACCAUAGCGCUCUCCCUGUUCCUCAUGAGCUCUUCUUCACACGUGGUCUGUGUUCCCCUUCCUUCUCUCCCACACCCCGCUCAUCCCCUGUGCUACAUGGGGAGCCUGGUUCCAGGCCUGAUUCUGCUGCUCAGGCACUGUGUGACCUCAAGCACAUGACAACCCCUCUCUGGGCCUGCUUUUUUAUCUACAUGUCAGGUGCUAUCUACCAAGGACCUCAGGCUUCUCAGAUCUUCUCCUUAGUUAACUUGCUGGCCCCAAGGGCAUGCGCACACAGAGGGGCCUUCUGGAGGCAGUCAAAACUUCUCUGAAGUUGUAUUUUAUUUUUUUUAAUCUUAAAAGAAGUCUCUGUA